AUGGCGGAACGCAAGCGCAAGAAGCGUGACGGAGAAACUGGGUCAGUCUCGCAAAGUUCGCCGCUGGUGAAGCUGGCGCGCUCGUGGCUGAGUGUGCCCCAGCAAUGGAGCAGGAAGCUGAAAUGGGCCCGCAGUCGUCGGUUGCAGCAGUUUCUCGCAGCGCUUCAAACUUAUCAUCCUUUCUAUGCCCCCCAGGGUCCUCAGGGACCAGUGUACUAUGCACCACCGGGUCACAUUGCUCUCGGUCCCAGUUUGAGCAUGCCACAUGAGGCAGCGUAUGGACAGGCUUCUUUCCAACAGGGCUUCAACCAAUAUCCGCACCCGGGUAUGGCACAGAUGACCCAACAGUUUCAGGGCAUGAGUGUACCAUCUACCGGCCGCAAUUUUCGGCGUGGUGCCGGACGUAGCUCUCAGUGGCCACGUCGUAACAUGAGUAUGGCGGGUGAGAGCUCUGUUAGCACUUCUGAGGUGGCCAAUACUCAGACCUCCACCCAAUCUACCGUAUCUCACGCAAGAAUCGAGCCUGGGCUGAGCGUGAACGGCACCUCUGGAACCUUCACCAGUCGAGCUCACCGGCCAUUGAUACCAACGGUUGCUGAAUUCCGGCCCGCAUCAGCUGGUGAAACACAGACGAACGAAGAGCCAAUUGGCAGAACCGGUGAGACACACGUCUCUCAGAGACAGCAAUCGGCGAUGCCUGCUUUGGGUACUGGUCAACCUUCCAAGUCUCGAAUGGAAUACAUUACGGAGGACCUCGCUCGUGCUCCGGGGCCGAGCCUUUACGGCUCGCGCCGACUCAUGCCCUCCAUUCCAAACGUGGCACCCUUCGACCCGCGUGAGUCGAGUCGAACAGAAUCAAUGUUGCCCACCGUCGAAAGCAGCCCUGAGAGAGAAAGACGUCCUGCCCGACGCGAAUGGAGUACUAACCCAUUCGAAGCUCCUCUGGAAGACGCCCGCCGGAAGGAGACAGGCUCUGGAGAUGUCUCCUACUGGCAGAACACUGAGCAGCAAUCAGUUGUUCCGCAUGAAGACCUGUUGAUUGCCCCUAUUAGUCCCCCCCUCCAUGAGCAGUACCACGAGCACCAGGGCCGCCAGCCACGCUUUCAAUACCUCGACCAGAGCAUCGUGGUUGCUGGUCCUCGAGUACAGUCAGAGAACAGCUCACUGCAGACUACACCGUUUCAGCAGAGGUCAUAUGAUCGCGGUGAAAUAACCACUCCUCAGGCUGUUGACUUUCCGAACCUUGACCGCAUCAGCCCCUUUACUCCGUCGGGGGUUGUUGAUCCUUCCACGCCUGUGUCUAUCGAGCCCGUCAGAAGACGUCUGGGGCCCAUGCUCUACGUUCACUCAGAUGCCAGUGACUGUAGCGAGGCAGUCCAGGUGGGUACGCUGGAAUAUGAGGCAAAGGUUCGCGAGAUCGAUGAACGUGAGACGGAACUGCUGGAGCUGGAGAGACAGGAAUCCGAGAGGAUUGCUGCAGAGAGACUCGAAUGGGAGCGCCGCCAAGCUGCUCGAUAUGAUUACAGCCAAUUCGUUCGAGCGCCACGACAGACUGGAGAGCGACAUGCUGACAAGAUACGCGUGCUGGAAGAACGUGCGGUUGCCUCCGCUGAUGCUGAGUACAACAGAGUCAUGACCAAUGCGAACGACCCCUUCUGGUUGGCUAAUCCUACUCCUCAACUGCCGCAUGCCCACACUCGAGCCGCCAACCCAGCGAACCAGGGACUGGUCUCUACUCUUGAAACGGCUCUUAGAAACUCGGCCAGCUACAGGGACGGCUACUCUAACUUCCAGAAUGGAAACGUCAGUGGAACAGCCGAGGUCCCAGGGUGCCUCCCCCGUCACCAGCCCAGCUGGAGGAACCGCCCGCAAAAUCGCAUAGUUACGGCCCGGGAAGAUCCCGAAGUUAUGAAUGACCCAGAGGCGCGGCACAACUGGCUGAGCAAUGCUUGUGAGGUGCCGUACAUGGGACCUACCUCCAUGGGCAGAGACCCUUGGCCGCGUUCCCCCGCCUUGCAGCCACUGGCUCCCAUGAGAAACCGUUCGCCCGCGAGACCCUUUAUUCCAUUCAACCCUCUCUCGGGGGCUCCCAUGCCUUCAGCCCUAGGUUUUGUGGCUCCGACAAACGCUCAUAUGCAGGGUGCUUAUGUUCAAACCCCUAUCAUUCAACUUGCAGGCGCUCCUGUCAAUGCGCCUACCCAACCGGCCGCCAUGAGCUGGGCAGAAAGCCGCCGUAUUCGAGGUAUUCCUCCUCGCGGGCCAAACAGUCUGGCGCGUCAGGCCGCGUUGACCCGCCACGGCUCUCAGAACCCCGACGGUUCUCCUUCGCCCCUGCCGCGAAGCCAGCACCUUUAG